ACAAACCCGACAUGGCAGACAUCACGCCGAGCAGGCAGGAGAAGUCACUGGGAUUAUUAACGUCUAAAUUCGUAUCUCUUCUACAAGAAGCUGAAGAUGGAGUACUGGAUAUCAAGUCUGCAGCAGACCAGCUUGCAGUGCGGCAGAAGAGAAGAAUAUAUGAUAUUACGAAUGUGCUUGAGGGAAUUGGACUGAUUGAAAAGAAAAGCAAAAACUCAAUAGUAUGGAAAGGGGGAGGGCCAGGAUCCAACACUCAGGAGUUCACAGAUCGAGCAACAAUGCUCAAAGGAGAAAUCUCAGAGUUAGAUCAACAUGAAAAGAUGCUUGAUCAGCAUAGACAGUAUGUUCAGCAAAGUAUAAAGAAUAUCACAGAGGAUCUGAGCAACUACAAGAUGGCCUAUGUAAAUCAUGAAGACAUCUGUAACUGCUUCCAAGGAGACACUCUCCUGGCCAUUCAGGCACCCUCAGGGACACAGCUUGAAGUUCCUAUUCCUCAAAUGGUUAAUGGUGACAAAAAAUAUCAAAUUCACCUCAAGUCGGAAAGUGGCCCCAUCUAUGUCUUGCUAGUCAACCAAGAGCAGGAGCACACUCCACCUCUGGUUGUGCAGGUUCCUCCUCCUACUGGCGUAAUGAAACAAGAGAUUGAACCACGGGGCAUAAAAAGAUCCUCCUCCCCUCCCUGUAACCAGGCACCUUUCACACGCCCGCGUUCCACUCCGCAGAAAGGCAUAACUGCACACACUCCACCCACACGAAGUCCCUCUCAUCCAGAGGGUGUAGAUAGUGUAGAAACUGCUUCUGUAUCACGUCGAGUGCCACGCAAAGCAUCAGCUGGAGUUAGUAGUGUAACUGAAGCCUUAGCGCCCAGAAGAGCACGUAAAAGACAAGAACAGGCAGCAGCUGCGGCAGCUGCGGCUCUUUCAUCAACUCAGCCAACUGAAGUUGUAAAACAUGAGAAGGUUGAGGAUAUGCUCCCUAUGCCUGUAGCAAAUAUAAAACAAGAACUUCGAGAAGAUAGCUUUGCGAACACAAAUAUUUCCCACACAACCGACACAAUGCUGUCAACAAUGGGAGAAGGCCUUGUAGAAGAAUUAAUAUCCACAGAAAUGUUUGCUCCUCUCCUGCGGUUAAGUCCACCUCCAUCUGAAAGAGACUACAUGUUCAACUUAGAUGAAACUGAGGGUGUCUGCGACUUCUUUGAUGUUCCAGUAUUGAGUUCUCUUGAAAGUGAUUUGCAAUGAAGUUUGUGAUGGAACUGGCAAAGUUGGUGGGCACAUCAGUGGAUAAUUGCAUUUUGAAAGCAUCCCUUGAUUAUGUUUGGGCAUGUAAUGCUAAAAAGUUACCAAGGGCAUUGAGAUGAUGUAAUGUUAUGUUGUAAUAUAUAAUUGUUGGAGUAAUAUUCUAUUUAUUGAUGACUGUUAACAGUAUUUAGAUGAAUGAAAAAGAGGAUAGAUAAGUUAUAUAAACCAUUCAUGAAAUUGGUUGCUGAUGUUGAAAGUGGUACAUAGUUCUUUUGUCAAGUCCUUUUCCAUAGUUGUGUUACUUCAGAAUAAAUUUGAGAAAGUUAGAAGUGGUAAGGGACAAGAAAAUAUUAAACACAAAUGAUUCUGCUUUCAUGGUAGGGCAGUUAAUCCAGGACUUGAUGUGACUCGGGCCAGUGACCUUCAGAUGAUUCCAAGGGAAGCUGUAUGAGCCCUGAAGGAUACCCUUUGUUGCCAGUUAGAGCUGAUGUUCUAAUAUAUAUCCUUGCAGAUCUUUUGUGCUAAGUUAUGUAUGGUUGGAUCUGAAAGGAAAGGAAAUCGAGCAGCAGAGUGAUAGUUUUAUGCCCCUUUAUUUUUAAUAAAUUCUAAUGGGAGUAACUAUAGAAUUGUCAAGCAGGUCUUGGAAGUUUUAAACUGCUGGCAUGCAGUCCUUGUGUACUUGUAAUAUUUUUUUCACCCUUUACCAUUUAUUUAUUUUAUUUUAUUAUUUUUGAUUGUUUUUUAAUGAGUUUUCCCCUUGAGGAGAAAGUUUGGUCAUAGAAAAUUUUGUUCUGAAUGUUCAUGCAAUUUUCAGCAAGUUAUCAUCAUACAAGGUUUAAGUACUUCUAGCAUUGAUAUAAAUUUUACUAUUUGACAACCUGCAGUAUUUGUUUCAAAGCAAAACAAAAGUAUAUGCAUAGAUUAUCUAUGUAAAAUCCUCUUUAUUGAAAACAUUUUGUGCAUAAAGGUAUGUACAUAAAGGCUUCAUUUUUUUUUUUUUUUUUUUUUGGGGGGGGGGGGGGGGGAAUUAUGAAUUAUGUGAAUCUGAAGUAAAAUAAUUUACUCUUUUAUGAUUAUGAAGCCCCUUUGGUAUGGUGGUUCAGAAAGGUUGUCCAUGAUCUCUUGGUAACUGUGAUGAGUGAAGUGUAGCUGUGUUUAUGACAUGAAACACAUUAGCUUCAGAUUGGAGUCUGUUUACAGUACCUUAGUAACAUGCUCCAAUAAUUAUUUUCGUGCUUGCUUAGGAAAAGUUGUUAUACAGGUGAAUUGUACUUUUUAGCAAGUAUGAGCGGAAAUGUUGCUAUCCAGUGUACAUUGCAUCUACCAAAGGAUACUUUACCUUUUAUAGAAAGGUUACCUCUGUCAUCAGAUAGCUACAGUUGUGCACUAGAUCAGUUGAGGAGAGCCUGUGUGGUAUAAAUUUCUGGAUUUCAUAAGUUGGUCUGAAAAUUAUUCAGAGCAGUGAGUUGUAAGUGACUUGCAGUGUCGUGAUUCAGAAAAGAGGCUGAUCUAGGGACUUGCUGCUUAUAAAGAUGAAUGAGAUCUUGGUACAUUUACACUACCAAGUGUAUGAGGUGCCAGUACAAGUACAAAUUGUAACAAUAUAACCUAUAAUGACCUCAGCAGUAUGGUAAUAGGAUUUCUGCAGUAUUAUUAUAAUUUCUUUAUUAGUUAUUUACUUGUAUUGAGUUUCUAUUAUUGAUGAUGGAGUCAUUGUUAAUAUGAAUAGAUACAUUAUUUAUUUACAGAUAAAUGUGCUAGAUGGCAGUGGAAUUCAAUGUUUUUGCUUGUGUAACAAGAGCUGGGGUCAUUAUAGGUUACAGGUUACAGGUUAUAAUCUAGGAUGACUUGCUUGGUUGUUACUCAGUGCUGUGCAUGCAUUAUUAUUACCAGCCCAAACCUUUCAGCUUUAUGUACUGAAAUCUAACACUCCAAGUGCAAAUGUCUUGUCUUUAAAGUCUGUUAUAGUUGUCUGAGAAAUAUUAAUGCAUAAAGUAUUUUACAAAAUGGAAAGGAUCCAGUUAGUUGCCAUGCAGAUACAUUAUUUGCAUAAAUAUCAUAUGAGCUGUCCAUACUUUGUGGCAAGGUUUCUUAUGGUUAUUGAUGUUAACAUUCCAGUUGUACUUCAGAUGCAAGCAGUGGUGUUUGUAUUUCUUGUUAAAAUGGAUAAGAAUCCUACCCUCUUUUCCUUCUUCCUUUCUCUCUCUCUUGCUUUUGCCACAUCCUAAGUGUAUUUUAUUUUUCACUAUUUCAAAGGUGACCUUCCAUUUGUUAUGCUUAAUGGACAAUGUAUUUGCGUAACAUUACCACAGUAUCAACAAUUUUUCAAAAUUCAUAUAAAACUUUACCUUUUCAGUACACAUCUAUUUGUUUUAAACAUUUAUGAUUAAAUUUACAGUUGUCUUGGAAUAUAGAAAUUAUUGUUCAAGAUCAAAAAUGUUGCUUAACCUUGUUGAAUUUCACCAUACAGUUAUUGAAAAUGGUGUUGAAAUGCACUGCUUUUUUUCAAGUAUAAAAAGAUCCUGUACAUGUCAAGCAUGUAUAGAAUUAGACUAUAAGUCAAAUGUCCAGUCUUAUACUUCAGAUGUUCAUAUGUAUAAUAUAUUGCAUAGUGAUAUGCAAAUGUAUAAGUAAUUUAAAGUAUUAGUUAGGGAAUUGUAAUUAUAUUUUUUCCAGGCUCACAUUCAUAUCAAAAUCAUUGUAAGUUUAAAUUACCAUUGAGUUCAGUCUUUUGGCAAACAUUUCAAAUGUAUCGCAUGGAUUCAACAUGCCAUAAAAAAUACUAGUUAACAGACGUGCAUAACACAUGUAUUUUGAAUUUGGAGAAGUAGAACAUGUGCGACUUUUGAACAGAAUUGUGGAUAAGCAACAGACAAUUGUACAAAUACAUAUAGAUUUUUUACGCUGUCGGUUGUAUCUUAUUUUACACUGAAGAAAAGUAGGGAACUGAAGGCUGCUGAAAAGGAAGUUAAGAAGAGAUCCUCCCCAUGCAUGGCACCAGCAGAGUAACGGAAUGCAAGCCAGUCUAGUAAGUUGUGUAAAUAACACCAUGUUACUGUGUUAAGUUAAUUCUUUUGUACAAAAUAAAAAAUGUAAUUCAAA